AGAUGUAUGAGCUCCAUGCAAGCGGGUACUCAGAUGAUCAAACUCCGUGGCAGUUCCAAAGGCCUUGUUCGUUUCUACUACCUGGACGAGCACAAGUCAUGCAUUCGCUGGAGACCCUCCCGGAAGAACGAGAAAGCCAAAAUCUCUAUAGAUUCGAUCCAGGAGGUGUGUGAGGGCAAACAGUCCGAGAUCUUCCAGCGCUACGCGGAUGGCAGCUUCGACCCCAACUGUUGCUUCAGUAUCUACUACGGAGACCACAUGGAGUCCCUGGACCUGGUCUCGUCCAGCGGGGAAGAGGCUCGGACAUGGAUCACAGGCCUCAAGUACCUGAUGGCCGGCAUCAGUGAUGAAGACAGCUUGUCGAAAAGGCAGAGGACGAGAGACCAGUGGUUGAAGCAAACCUUUGACGAGGCGGACAAAAAUGGCGACGGCAGCCUGAGCAUCAACGAAGUCCUCCAGCUGAUGCACAAACUGAACGUCAACCUGCCCCGGCAGAAGGUCAAGCAGAUGUUCAAGGAGGCAGAUACGGAUGACAACCAAGGGACUCUGGACUUUGACGAGUUCUGUGCCUUCUACAAGAUGAUGUCGACCCGACGGGACCUCUACCUGCUCAUGCUCAGCUACAGCAACCACAAGGACUACCUGGACGUCGAUGACCUGAAACGCUUCCUUGAAGCUGAACAAAAGAUGAACAAUGUGACCAGAGAACACUGCCUGGAAAUUAUCAAUCAGUUUGAACCAUGUCCAGAAAGCAAGCAACAAGGAGCGCUCGGGAUUGACGGAUUCACCAACUACAUGCGCAGCCCAGCCGGGGAUAUUUUCAACCCAGAGCACAACCAAGUCAACCAAGACAUGACUCACCCUCUGAGUCACUACUUCAUCACCUCUUCUCAUAACACCUACCUCAUGGGGGACCAGCUGAUGUCUCAGUCCAGAGUCGACAUGUAUGCUUGGGUUCUGCAGUCUGGGUGCCGGUGCGUAGAAGGAUGCGUUGACUGUUGGGACGGGCCAGAUGGGGAGCCAAUUGUCCACCACGGCUACACCCUCACCUCCAAAAUCCUCUUCAAAGAUGUGAUUGAGACCAUCAACAAAUACGCCUUCAUCAAGAGCGAGUACCCGGUCAUCUUGUCCAUCGAGAACCACUGCAGUGUGGCCCAGCAGAAGAAGAUGGCCCAGUAUCUGACCGAAAUCCUGGGGGACAAGCUGGACCUGUCUUUGGUUGUCAACGAGGAUCCCACGAAGCUGCCUUCCCCAGAGAGCCUGAAAGGGAAAAUAUUAGUCAAGGGGAAGAAGCUUCCAGCCAACAUUAGUGAAGACGCAGAGGAAGGCGAAGUGUCAGAUGAGGACAGCGCCGACGAGAUUGAUGAUGACUGUAAACUGAUGAACGGAGAUGCCUCUUCCAAUCGGAAGCGAGUGGAGAAUAUCGCAAAGAAGAAACUGGACUCUCUGAUCAAGGAAUCAAAAAUCCGUGACUGUGAAGACCCGAACAAUUUUGCAGUCACCACCCUUUCGCCAUCUGGGAAACCCAAGCAUGAUCUCAAGAAGAACAAACAUGAGGAAGAUGUGGAGUCCGGGGAAGAUUCGGUCAUCAGCAAACGCCAGAACCGGUCCCUGAUGGGCAGCUUUUCCAAGCGCAAGAAAAAAGGCAGCAAACUCAAAAGAACACCGAGCGUAGAAGAGGGCGAAGACGACCUUAACUGUCAAGGAAACUUAGGCAGGGCCUCGGUGCAUUACAACAAAACGAACCGGCAGAAGAAGACGAUGAAGCUGUCUCGUGCACUCUCAGACCUCGUGAAAUACACCAAAUCUGUUGGGAUCCAUGAUGUGGAAUCAGAAAGUAGUUGGCAGGUUUCGUCCUUCAGUGAGACGAAAGCUCAUCAGAUCAUCCAGCAGAAGCCGGUCCACUAUCUGCGUUUCAACCAACAGCAGCUCUCCCGGAUCUAUCCCUCCUCCUACCGAGUGGACUCCAGCAAUUACAACCCCCAGCCCUUCUGGAAUGCCGGUUGCCAACUGGUAGGCAAUUACAGAUCAGAAAAGCGGAGUCUCCAGGUGAACCGCGCCAAGUUCAGUGCCAACGGGAAUUGCGGCUACGUCCUCAAGCCGAAGUGUAUGUGUCAAGGUAUCUUCAACCCAAAUUCCGAAGAUCCCCUGCUUGGCCUGAUGAAGAAGCAGCUUGUCUUAAAAAUAAUCAGCGGUCAACAGCUCCCAAAGCCCCGCGAUUCCAUGCUCGGAGACCGAGGAGAGAUUAUCGACCCGUUUGUGGAAGUGGAGAUCAUCGGCUUGCCCGUGGACUGCUGUAAAGAGCAGACCAGAGUUGUUGAUGACAACGGUUUUAACCCAAUGUGGGAAGAAACCCUGGUGUUCUCCCUUUGCAUGCCGGAGAUUGCACUGGUGCGGUUCCUGGUGUGGGACCAUGAUCCUAUUGGGAGGGAUUUUAUUGGACAGAGAACAAUCGCAUUUACAAGCAUGAUGCCAG